GGACACUUUCUUCAACCACGAUUGUAUUGUACCACAACCCGACCUCAAUCCCUUCUUACAUCAUCCUCACGGCAUCCCAUCCUUUGCUCGCUGCUGGAUAACCGGUUGCUUUCUUGAGUCUACCAUUCCUCUUCCGGAGAAACACUCGCCAUGGACCUCCUUUCGACCGUCCGCAAGACGGGCUCCCGCGGUGGCGUCAAUUUCAGCUGGGACGAUGUGGCGACAUCACAGUACCGCGAGAAUUACUUAGGUCACAGUCUCAAGGCACCUGUAGGGCGCUGGGCUAAAGGUCGCGAUCUGAACUGGUACGCCAAAGCAGAACCGACGGCGGCAGAUUCUGCUGAAUCGGAAGAAGAGAGGGCAGCGCGAGAGCGCCGCGAGGAGAUUCGCAAGAUCAAAGAAGCCGAAGAGGAUGCGAUAAACCGGGCGCUAGGUCUGCCGAUCAAAGUACGUGAUACCACGGGAGCCAACGCAGUGGAAGUGGGCGAGUCGAAGAUGCCAAAUCGCGACAAUGGCGACGUCAAAGAUUCAAAGGACGUGGAUUCCCAGAAGGGCCGUCCAAGAGACCGUGACUCGGACAGACAGCACGGCAGACGGCAUAGAAGCAGAGAUCGGGAUCGGAGCAGGGAUCGGUAUCGGAACCGAGAUCGGGAUCGGAACAGACAUCGGGAUCGCAGUCGGAGUAGACGACGGGCACGGCGGGAUAGCUUAGAUGACGGGGCACAAGAUUACCACCAGCGAAGGAAGAGCCGCAGCCCAGACUACGGCCGGCGGCGGCAGGAAAACCGACGGGAUGAGGCACGCAGUCGGAGUCGAAGCCGCAAUCGGGAUUAUCGAAAGACAGACAGCAGGAGCCGGAGUAGGAGCCGGGACAGGGCGCGGAGGCCCAGGGAUCAUGGUAUACGGCAGCGAAGCAGGAGUAGGACCAGGCGGCGCGAUCGGGAUUCCGACAGGUAGUCACCCGCGCAAGUCGCUUCCAAGUUGUCAAUCUCCAUCUAUUCCUCAUAGUCACGAAUACCAAAGUGGAUAUCCAUUGUGUUACUUAGAAUCACCUUAAGCUAAAGUAGUGUAAUCCUGUAUGUUUCCGUCAGAG